GGACAAAAGGGCGGACAAACAAAAUGAAAGAAAAAGUGGGGAAAAAAGAAAACACAAAAAAAGGUGUUGCGAGUGUUAAAGUACUUUGUGCAACUAGCGAAUAAAGUCAAAAGUGGGUGUCAUCAUAGUGAUCACAGCAUAUUGCAUCGACGAGCAUCAACAAAAAUCCACGGCUUAUUUGAACAAGAAACACGCAGUAUUCACACAGACGCGCAAACGUUCUUACGUGCCAAGGUUCCAGGAGUUAGUAGGAAAGUAACAUUUCGACGAAAAAUAUAUUUAGAAGAGUUUUCGAAACGAGUUAUCGGUUAAAGAAGCUGUUGUUCGUAAACUAAGACAUCUUAAAAUAAUAUCGAACUGGUACAAUAAUUUUGGUGGAAAAGAAAAAAGACGAUGAAAGAAAGACAAGCAGAGUGCGUACUCAGCGUACUGUACACGUCGUCUGCGAUUUUUUCCGUAACGGGUUUGAUCUGUUUGGCGACAGUUUGGCAAUACUGGGCAUGGAUCUUGAACGUUUGUAUCAGCAUCGAUUGCGGUUGUAUAUUGUACGGGAUCAAUACCUUUCGAACAUUCUUGGGAGGUGACGCAAAACUUUGCCACUUUGGAGUGUACGGUUUGAUUCCUACGCUUUUAAUCGGUCUCUGCCUUGGCGGAUAUCACGGAUAUCGAUGCUGCAUUGAUAAAAGUAUCGAGGAACCCGUACGAAUGUACGAUGAUGCCGCCAGAAACUUGAACAAAAGCGAAGCAACGGUAGUAGUGAGAGUCAAAAGAAGAACUCCGUACGAACAGUGGAUACCAGCUGUGUUUCUUGCAAUUUUGCUCUGCUGUUUAUCGUUGGCUCACGCAGUUGUAACGACUGAUGGUUAUUAUAAAACUUGUAACAAUUACAGAAGAAGGUUGAUACAAAUUUUAGAUUCGAGAGGUCGCGAAGCCGAGGUGAUACAUAACAGACUAUCGUGCGGAGCAAUUUUUGACUUUAUGGAUUAUUUACAAUCGGACGUAGUGGUUGAUCCGAAUACAAACUGGGAACGAGGCAAAGAAACCGACACUGGUUUUGCUCUACGAUUAACCAUUAUUUCUACCUGGUUGAACUUUAUCGCCUGGAUGUUUAUAGUCUUAUUCAAUAUCGUAAUCGCACGUAAAAAGUUUCGUUGCUGUUAAAUAUCAUUUUGACAGAUAUAAAUGUUUAUUCCGUUAUUUUCUUAAAUGAAAUUUGUUAUUAUUUUAACGAGCAGUCGUGCUAUUUUAUAGGCACGUUAAAUGUACAAUUACAGGAGGUACAUAUGUAAUGUAAGACUUUCUUUGGCUACGAGUAAGGUCAGACAGACAAACUUUCAACUUUCGAAGAAAUUUGGAAAAAUAUAACGUAGACCCUCCUAUCGUCGUACAUCAUAAAGAAGAAACAUAAAUAAAGAUGUUUAGCUGUUUAUUUUUCACUUGACUUUAACCGAGGAAAGCUUAGGUUGCACAGAACUGUAAAUACGGAUACGAACACUCACGAGUACGCCAAGCAUCGCUGAUUGUUACGAGUAUCCUAGCAGUACUCGAUUUUUAAACUAAAUUUCAGAUUUCACGAUUAAAUGUUCUGUAAUCUGUACACGAGGAAUUCUCUGCUCUUGUAUCAUUCGACUAGUUGCUUAGUAAUUGACGGAAUCAACGUUGCAUAGGAUACAAUAGCGAUACGUUGUUUUUAUUUCGAACUUAUUUAUUACCUGUUACUGGGUGUGCAUGCGUACGUAUGCACUAACAAGUUUCAGGAAUUUGUCGAAUAAUCAAAGUUUUAAUCGCCUAACGUUUGUAUAAACUUUGUUUCCUUUGUUGUCGAUAAUCCGAGCGGUGGAACGCCCAUAAGAAAGGUAUAAUUGUAUAAUACUUAUCGCUAUUCGCCACAUAAAUGACAUAUAUUUUAUUUCACUUCCAUGAACAUGUUACAAACGGAGCAAUGUUUUUUAUUUUUUUUUAGGAUACAAUAUACAAGUGUAAGAAAAGUUUUGUUUGCGUUGAUAAACAAACUUAAGUGAAAUUACAGGA